GGACUUGACUCUCCUCUGAGUGUCCUUCUCUGCUCUGCCAAACCUCUCUCUCUGCUCCCCUUUUUCUCUGUAAAUCCUUCCCUUUCAGAGGAAACAAAAUGAUGACUUCAAAGACUAGCUUUAGGAGCAGCGGUAGCAUGAGUGGUGGAUUCGGUGGUGGAUACGGUAGUGGUGGUGGAGGAGGGUUCGGCUCAAAAUCUGUUCAAAUUGGCAGGUCAGGCAGGCAAAUGAGUUCGGCAUCUUUUAGGCAAAGCAGCGGUGGUGGUGGUGGUGGUAGUUACGGCGGUAGUAGUUUCAUGUUCGGUGGCAGUGGCGGUGGUGGUGGUGGUGGUUACGGCAGCGGCGGUGGUUUCGGCGGCGGCGGCGGUGGUUACGGCGGCGGCGGUGGUUUCGGUGGCGGCGGCGGCGGUGGUUUCGGCGGCGGCGGCGGCUUAGGUUUCGGCGGCGGCGGCGGUGGUUUCGGCGGCGGCCAAAUCGCAACCAUCACAGCCGUCACAUGCAACCAGAACCUGCUGGCCCCCAUGUCUGUUGAUAUUGACCCCAACAUCCAGACUGUUCGAACCCAAGAGAAAGAGCAGAUCAAGACUCUAAACAACCGCUUCGCCAGCUUCAUUGACAAGGUUCGCUUCCUGGAGCAGCAGAACAAAAUGCUGGAGACCAAGUGGAGCCUGCUGCAGGACCAGACCACCAGCCGCUCCAACAUCGACGCCAUGUUCGAGGCCUACAUCGCCAACCUGCGCAGACAGCUGGAUGGGCUCGGCAAUGAGAAGGUCAAGCUGGAGGGAGAGCUGAGGAACAUGCAGGGCCUGGUGGAGGACUUCAAAAACAAAUAUGAAGAUGAAAUCAACAAGCGUGCUGGUGUGGAGAACGAGUUUGUGCUCCUUAAGAAGGAUGUAGAUUGUGCCUACAUGAACAAGGUUGAGCUGGAGGCCAAGGUUGACGCCCUUCAGGAUGAGAUUAACUUCCUCAGAGCUGUCUAUGAUGCCGAACUGCGUGAGCUCCAGGGACAGAUCAAGGACACCUCAGUCAUUGUGUCGAUGGACAACAGCCGUAACCUGGACAUGGACUCCAUUGUGGCGGAGGUCAAGGCACAGUAUGAGCAAAUCACCAAAGACAACUGUUCACAAGCUGAAUCUUGGUAUACUCAGAAGUACCAGGAGAUGCAGACCAGUGCAGGCCAGGCUGGAGAUGACCUUCGCAACACCAAGAGUGAGAUUGCUGAGCUCAACCGCAUGAUUAGCCGCCUCCAGAAUGAGAUUGAGGCAGUCAAGGGACAGCGUGCCAACCUGGAGGCCCAGAUCGCUGAGGCUGAGGAGCGCGGUGAGAUGGCAGUGAAGGACGCCAAGGCCCGAAUUAGGGACCUGGAAGAAGCCCUGCAGAGAGCCAAACAGGACAUGGCCCGCCAGGUCCGUGAGUACCAGGAACUGAUGAAUGUCAAGCUGGCUCUGGACAUUGAGAUUGCCACCUACAGGAAGCUUCUGGAAGGAGAGGAAACCAGAUUGACCGAUGGUUUUGGGCAAGUAACCGUCCACGUACAAAGCUCCGGUGGCGGCGGCGGCGGCGGCGGCGGCGGCGGCGGUGGAGGAUUUGGCGGCGGCGGCUUUGGCGGCGGCGGUGCCAGUGGCAGCUACAGCAGCAGCAGUUACAGCAGCGGCGGAGGAUACGGCGGCGGCGGCGGCGGUGGCGGCUACGGCAUGGGCGGCGGCAUGAGCGGCAGCAUGAGCGGCGGCGGCGGCGGCUACAGCUCCAGCUCCAGGUCCAGCAUGUCCACAAAAAUGGUCAGAGGCAGCCAGUAUUAAAAACACGAGCUGUCUUUCUCUCCAUUCUUCCUCUUCCCUUAUUUUGUUCUCCUCCUCUUGUCCCUCCCCUCUCCUUGGCAACCAUUCAUAAAAGCUUCCAUAAACCCCAUCACAAACAUUUGCAUUUGACCAUUUUCAGCAGGCAGAUCUAUGUAAUGGUACAGCUCUCUUUGGUAUUUUUGUUUGCUGUGUUGCUGCUCCCUCUUUGGUACUACAUACCUACAGCGAGUCAGAGAUUACAUCAAAAUACAAGUCGAAGCAGAGAAAUUAUUAGACCGGAAACAAAGAGCAGCAGAAACGUGAGUCAGUCCUCUCUUCCUUUGAUCAGUCAGUCUGGCUGUCUUUUGGUUGCUGGGUCUGCUGUCAUGCAGACAAAAAGAUACUUGUAGUGUCAUGACAGAGAAUCCUUACAAGGCAACAAUCAUUGCACACAAAAUGCCAACAGCAGUUCUUAGAUUUGUACAAAAGGAGGUCCGGAUGUUGAUGUUCUUGAAUUAAAAAGCACACAGGGCAUAACUCCUCGUUUCUGCAAUGUCUCUUCUGUUGUCUCACAUCUGUCAUUUUGUUGUGUAUUUUGACAUCAUCGAAAGCAGCCGCAUAUAACACUUUCAUAUUUGUUUUUUGGGAUCCUCUUUUUCCUCUCCUAUUCUGAGAGAAAUACUUCCAUUUCCACUCUGAAUGAAAAAGAAACAUGGAUAAGGCUGACUGGGACAACCAGAUUUAUUGUGGAUUUGUACCACCAAAAUGUCUGAAAUAAAUCUGAUUUCAUAUUCA